UAGAUACAAUGAGCGCUGCUGAAAACGACUCCCUGUUACCAGGCGACAACUGAAGUUUAGCGUCAGCUAGCUGCUAAUAGCUAAUGACCGAUACUGUACGCCCAAAUAGAAGCGUUAAUAAAUGCCACCAAGAAGAAAAGGAGCCUUUCAACUUGCUAAGAAAGAAGUGGAUGAAACAGAGAAGCAGGUUGACAGUCUGGUGAAGGAUGUACACAGUCAGGCUGGAUCCAGUGAAGAGUUAUUACGAAGAUGUCAAGACCUGCAAAUGUCAGCAGAGAAGACACUGAGGAACCUGAGGAAACUAACUAAGGCCGACGAGCUGGCUCCGGUUGGGAACUAUGAACAGAGAAAACAGGAGGAAGAGAAACGGCUGCAGAACAUCUUGGAUCGUCUCAACACACUGUCCCUGGAGCUCUCACCACCGGGACCAAGUACCGAUGCUAGCAAUAUCUCGACUGAAGAUAGUGGUGAUGAAGACGACGAAGACAGUGUAGAGGACGAAGAUGAGGACAAAGAUGACGAGGUUGAUGAAAAGUUAGCUGUCAAACCACCCUCUCAGUCAGACCCUCGUAUCUACAAGGUCCUGAGUGACUUCCAAGGAGAGCAGGAUGGAGAUCUGUCUGUUCAGAAAGGUGAUUUACUGAGAAUCGUCAGGAGGGCAGCGGACGGAUGGUGGCUCGCUCAGGACAGCAAAGGCAAAAGAGGAGUGGUUCCCAAAACCUACCUGAAGUUGAACUCUGCUAAUGAUGAAGAUGAAAACGGCGGCCAUGUUGACGUAAAGGAAGGUGAAGAUGAUGAUGAAGAGGAGUCGUUGGAGGAGGAAGAUGACUAUGGUGAAGAGCUGACAGACGAGCAGGAAAAUCAGAGUAAAACUCCACAGUCCAACUGGUCCACGCUGAGAAAAGCUCUGACUGAGAUUGAUGCCACUGAUGUUCUGUCAGCCAUGGGUGCCAUACCUUCGGGAUUCAGACCAUCAACUCUCAACAAACUCCUGGUGGAGGAAGGAGUGAUGUACAGAGGAAGUCACCAUGUCCAGCCUUCUCUCAGCCAAUCACAGCUCUCCUUCAAAGACCUCUUCCUGGACGUAGAGACAGGCAGGGUCCGAGCUCGUCACGUCCAAACUUGUCUUUGUUUCACUCUGUGGAGCUGCAGGAUGAUUCCAACGCCGGGGGUCGGAGUUCAAGUCCUCAGCAGACACGUCCGACUCUGUGCCUUUGAUGGAAACCAGGUGUUGAGUAACAUCCACACGGUGAGAGCAACCUACAACCCCAAGAGCCCCAAAACCUGGAGCUUCUCUCCGAGGAUGACAGGCGUCCUUCCCAGCCUCCUCGACGGAGACUGUUUCCUUCGCUGCAGCUCUUCGUCUCCUGACCUCGGAAUCCUCUUCGAACUGGGAGUCACGUUUAUACGGAACUCGACAGGUGAGCGCGGAGAACUGAGCUGCGGUUGGUCUUUCCUCAAACUGACCGACGACAGUGGAAAUUCACUUCCCAGCAGAACCUAUGAGCUGCAGGUGAACGGUGGAACUCCCUAUGAGAAGAACGUGGAACUGGAGACUUCAGUCAGGAGAGGAUGUAAGAAGAAACAAGUCCAGACUUCAGUCUUCUUCCAGAUGCUUCAGGCCAAACGUCAGCCGAGACUGAUCGUGAAGUUGAAGUCCACCAACAGUCGGACCAGAACCCAGCUCAGUCUUCUUCCAGAAACUCUGCUCCACUGUCUGAACUGUGUCCACCUGCUGGCUCUGCACAGACAGCUGUUAGCCGACACACUGCUGAUGGACAGGCCCACCAUGCAGAACGCAGAACUGAUCAGCAGUCCAUUUCUUUCCACCUUCCCUGUGCUGUUGGACCAACCGGACCUGCUGGACGCUCUCAGGGGAGCCUGGCUGGAGGCUGAGAUCAGAAUGAGGAGGACAGAAGACCUGUCUUUCCUCAAACAGGAGUUUGUUAAAGUCUACAUGUCGUCCGUCUACUUCCUGCUCCACUCGCCUUCGCUGCCCCCGUACCGCUGGGCUGACCCGGCCUCAGAGGAGCAAAGGGCAAAGGUCAUCUACAUCACCUUGGAUUCUCUCAAACAUGUCCAGCAGACCACUGGCAUUUCAGGAAGUCCCGAAGUCUUCUUUGACCACACGCAUCAGCAUCUGGCCUUUGACCUCACAGAGCUGAACUUUGACCUUCUUGGUGUCGCACAGUAGAGUUUACAUCAAAUCACUCAGGGCCGAGUCAAUAAUGUAAAUUAUUAAUGACAAAUAUUUGUCCAUUUAAAUAUUUUUCAUGUGUCUUUAAUACAUUGUGUGUAUUUUUUAGAAAUAUAAAUUAUGAUAAAGAAUGUCUUACUUUUAUAUAUAUAAGAAAUAAACAGCUAAGAUACAUUUAUGUGGCUCUGUGGUGUUCAUUAAUUCACAGCAGCAGCAGCAGAACGGUGGGUGUGGGAUUAAAUAUAGACAGAUUAGAGCGUUAAUCUGGGCCUGAUGUUAGAAGAAGAAAUCAAAAAUUGUCUCAAUUAUGUCAUAAUGUACCAAUGAAGCACAAAUAGGUUAAUUAAAUUGGAAACAAUUAGUGUAGAAGAUACCAACCAUUACCAGAAAAUAGAAAAAAAAACAGAUUUCUACAUCAGGUAGAGAUACGGUCAGAUUAAAGAUUAAAUUUAAAAAAUACAUAGAUUUCA